AUGUCCUUCUCCUUUUCUCUUUGUUUAUUUGCCCAAGUUUGUCCACUACCUCCAAUGGUGAGUCAUGGAGACUACAUCUGCCACCCAAGGCCUUGCGAGCGUUACAACCACGGGACGGUGGUGGAGUUUUACUGUGAUCCUGGUUACACCCUCACCAACGACUACAAGUACAUCACCUGCCAGUACGGAGAGUGGUUCCCCUCCUACCAAGUAUACUGUGUCAAAACAGAACAAACCUGGCCAAAUACACAGGAGACUCUCCUGACUACAUGGAAAAUAGUGGCGUUUACUGCUACCAGCGUUUUAUUAGUACUGCUUCUGGUUAUUUUAGCCAGGAUGUUCCAGACCAAAUUUAAGACACAUUUCCUUCCAAGAGGCAACCAGGAGGGCUCCAUGGGUGACCCUGACUUUGUGGUGGUGGAUGGUGUUCCUGUCAUGCUGCCUUCCUACGAUGAAGCUGUAAGCAGCGGCUUGAAUGCUCUGGCACCUGGAUACUCAGCUACCACAGACCAGGGGCAUAUUUUGCAGACAGAAGAUCAGAAUCCUCCUGCUUAUCCAGGCCCCAGGAUUACAGACACACUGCCUAGCGAAUUUGAGACCUGUGACAGUAGGUCAGGCUCCUCUGAACUGCUCCAAAGUUUGCACCCAUCCCCAGCGUGCCAAGCAGCAGCGCUUCCCAGUUCAGAUCGAACUGAUGAAUCCCGUAGCACUGUCGGGAAGGCUGCGUCCAUGAGUCCGCGGAUCGAUAUUGCAGAUGAGAUUCCUUUGAUGGAAGAAGACCCUUAGCCUGCACAGAGACGUGUCAUCAUCGCAUUGCACUGUUGGGUGACAUGAAUCAUGAGGAUUUAGAGAUAGAAAAGACUAUCUGUGGAUUUGGGGAGGGUAUUUUCCUACUUAUCAAUCUUCCACGCGAUGAUGUCACCAGAUUGGGUGUACACCUUAAUCCACAGCAGGGAUAACAGCAUCAGCAUUUGGAACAGCAGCAGUUUUAUGAAUGAAUCCUGGGGAUUUGAUGAGAGCAGAUGUAGAAAAAGAACUGUGGCUUUUUAGACAUGAAAUGUAUAUCUGCAUCGCAGAAAGUCAUAUGGUUCUGUAAGAAAUACGAUUGGAUUUUGAUACUAACUGCCUCACAAAAGCAUGUCAAAGUAUGUAAAUUUGCUUAUAAAGAGUGCUUUAAAUGAUCUAUGGACCUCUAAGUUUAUGAAGAAUCCUUACAAGUUUAAAAAAAUACUAGUACUGAAACACAAAAAAGGAGGAGAUCCUCUUUGGCUCUCCUAUGUUAACCAGGAAUCUUUUGGUUUAGUUGUUGGUGAUUUUGUUUCAGACCAUGUCUGCAGAAAAUAUAACAGGAAUGAUGGGAUUCAUAUAUACUUUGAUGUAUUAUAGGAAAUAUAUAUAAAUAUAUAUAUAUUUAAAAACUC